AUGGAGUUCGAGUUUGAGCGAAGAAAGGUGACCAAAGAAGAUGUCAAGGAACUUAUAUUCAGGGAGAUCUUGGAGUAUCAUCCUCAACUUCUCAAGGAUUACAUGAAUGGAACUGAGAAAACAAACUUUCUAUAUCCAAGUGCUGUUGACAAUUUCCGAAGGCAAUUUGCAAACUUGGAGGAAAAUGGAGGAAAGAGUGGGGCACACACCGCUUCCUCAGACAGGAAGCAUGUUUCGCUCCCAAGGACAACCACAGUUCAUUCUAAUCCAAUCCCUCCAAAUGGAACCUCCCAAGUUCCUCAAAAGCUUCCCACAGGUGCUAGACCAGGAAGAGUGGUUGGUCCAGUAAUACCAUCUGAGAACGCAACUGCUGUUGAUCCAUACAGCCAACGUAGGGUGGCGAGGAAUCCAGUACUUCCUCCAACCACCUCAAACCUGUCAGCAUACGCCUAUCACCGGAAAUCAGACAACUCAAACAGAGAGCUCCAACAGGAGCUGGAAAAGGACCGCAUGCAGUACCAGCCAGCACAGCGGUUCAUGGACACCAAGGUAGUAUCACAGAUGUCCCCUGACUUGAGGUCUUCCUACUACAUACCAAAAGGUGUCCCAAAAGUUGAUGGCGCAGAUAGAGCUGCUUUGCAUUCUAGCAUGAUUCAUGGAAUCGCCCCUUUUAGUGGCAUUGCUGCUGUAGGAGGUGGAGGUGGCUACAACAAGGUCAAUGCAGUUCAAUAUGGAGUUUCUAGGAUGUACUAG